ACCUUGCCCACUCUCCGCCAUCGCCGUGCGCCCCAGCACCACGAUGGCCUCCAGCUCGAGUUCAUCCUCUGCUGCACAAGGAGGCUUUCAUUUGAUGAGUUGCCUAAAAGAAGUUCCAACACUCAGAGGUGACAACCACACUGAGUGGAGGAAGAAAGUUGAACUGGCGUUUGUUUGUGCUGAUCUUGACUGGGUUGUGGAGAAACCACAGCCGGUCAGACCCACAGAGCCAGUAAGAGAGGCUACUGACGAUGAUGCUGCAUGGGCUAAAAAGAGAGGGGACUAUGCUCCUUUGGAGCAGUCCUACCUCAUAGAUAAUCAAAAGUGGGUCAAUGCAAAUAAAAAAUGCAUGGCCUUUAUAAAGAACACCAUUGAGAGCGCCAUUGUGGGCUCCAUUGCAGAGUGCACUUCCGCAGGGGAGUUGCUCUCAAAGAUAAAGAGCCAGUUCACUGGCUCUUCAGAGAUAUAUGCCACCCAGUCAUGGCAUAAGAGAGCACAUCCAGGAUGA